CUGUGCGGUACAGGACCUCCGAGGAAGCAGCGGAGAGUGAACCGGGCUCCUGUGUCAUCUCUCCGGUCCGUCUCAUAUCACUAACGGUGUCUGACAGUUGUUUGAGCAGCGGCUCGACUGUUCGCUUCUUCCGGACCGAGGAAACUCCGACAGGAACCAACAUGGAGAUAGAGAAGGAAGUGAAGAAGAUGACCCUUGGGCACGAGUUUGGCGCCGGAGCGGCCUGUUUGAAAUGCAAGGACAAGUGCGAAGGCUUCGAGCUACAUUUCUGGAGAAAAAUCUGCCGAAACUGUAAAUGUGGCCUCACAGAGCACAACGUGCAGAUGAACUCGGAGGAGAACAAGAAGGUGGGCAAACUGUUCGAGGACACCAAGUACACCGGCCUCAUCGCCAAGCUGAAAACCGACGGCAUCCCCACCUACAAGGGCAACAUGGUGACCAUCACUCUACCCGCCUCCUCCACUGCUUACGUCGUAUCUCCGAGUGCUUCUUCCACUGUGGUGCCUCCCUCUGCCAAGGCUGCGUCUGUGCAGCCUGCUGGAGUCGCUGCAGGGUCAGCACCCAGCGGCGCUCAGGCUCGGCCUCCGCCUCAGCCUGUACCCGUCAGCGUCACACCUGUCAAGGCCAACAAAGUGCCGGUUGCUGUCAGCGCCACUUCAGCCAGUUCAGUACCAGUCCCCAAAGAUGUGCCAAUGAAGUCUGUCACCUACGAGUGGGCACCACCAGUCGCCAAUAAGUAUAUGGCAGUGCGUUACAUCGAGCUGCUCCCACCAGAGAAACGUCCUGUGGCCGGCACAGAGGGAGCCGCUUACCGUCGGCAGCAGAUGGCCAUCCAGCUGCCCGAGCACGACCAGGACCCGUCCAAGUGCCACGAGCUGAGCCCCGCCGAGGUCAAACAAAUGCAGCAGUUCGUCCGCAAGUACAAGGAUGAGGCGCUGGGGGUGGGAGAUGUUAUGCUGCCUGAGGAGAUGGCUCUGGUUCAGGCAGGAGGGCAGGGAGGAGCAGGGGUCGGGGCCGGAGGUGCACCUGGUGCUGGAGGGCCAGGGUUUGGAUUGGGUGCUGGGGUUGGAGCUGGUUCUGGGGCAGGGGCUGCAGGCUCCGGGCCUUUGGCUGGAGCUGGAGGUAGAGGAGCUGGUGUUGGGGCUGGUGCUGGUGUUGGACCUGCAGCAGGGGGUAGAGGCUUGGUACCAGGAGCUGGAACUGGAGUUGGUGCUGGCUUGGUACCAGGAGCUGGAACUGGAGUUGGUGCUGGCUUGGUACCAGGAGCUGGAGCUGGACCACUUUCAGGCCCUGGGUCUGCUGGCUUUGGGCCAAAUGGAGGAGCCAUGGGCACUGCUGCCACUGCUGGAGCCAUGGGCGUCCCUGGAGCUCAGCCAGCUGGACUACCACAACAGAACUUUUCGUGCAGUCACUGCCAGCAGCCGAUGCGUCUGGGCGAGCCAGCUGUCUACGCUGAGCGGGCCGGCUACGACAAGAUGUGGCACCCAGCAUGCUUUGUGUGUUGCACCUGCAACGAGCUGCUGGUGGACAUGAUCUACUUCUGGAAGAAGGGCAAGCUGUACUGUGGACGCCACUAUGGAGACAGCGAGAAGCCGCGCUGUGGAGGCUGUGAUGAGCUGAUCUUCAGUAAUGAGUACACUCAGGCUGAGGGCCAGAACUGGCAUCUGAAGCACUUCUGCUGUUUUGAAUGUGACUGCAUCCUCGCCGGAGAGACGUACGUCAUGGAGAAGGACAAGCCUGUCUGCCAGCCGUGCUACAUGAAGAGCUACGCUGUGAAAUGCUCUUCCUGCCAGAUUGCGGUGGAGCCUGAGGCCCAGAGGGUUUCCUACGGCGAUCACCACUGGCACGCCCAGCCGGAGUGCUUCAAGUGCUCCGGCUGCUCCAAGUGCCUGAUCGGCCAGCGCUUCAUGGCAGUGCAGGCCUUCCUCUUCUGCUCCGCGGAGUGCAAGAAGAAAACCAUGGCUUAGAGGGGCCAAAACAACUCCCUCCAUCUUCUCCACAACCACUUGUGAAACCAGGAUGGGUUCGGCUAAGACUAGAGGCAGAGCAGGGAAAACAAACACUGGUGCAGCUGAGCAUGGGAACAGAUGGACUGUGGUUGUGUUGACACAAGUUAGAGUGCCUGAUAACUGAUAUAGAGACGUACAAUAACAGUGAGUCCGUCUGCGUUUGGGUGCUCCUUUCUUUGAUAAAUCCAACUAGACUCCAAAGCUUUAUCCGCCUUAAAAUCUGUUGUCUUUUUUCUACAUGUAGAUUUUUUUGUUGCUUUUCUUGCACUGUUUUUUUACUGAUGAGAUUCAUUUUGUAUCAGAGGUGGCAGUCCAGUUUUUUAAUGAUAAACCUGUGUCUUAAACAGUAUUAGUGCUGUUCUAUUCCUAUUGAGCCUACUGUUGAUUUAAUGUGGUACCUUUCAGGAUCCGUACACAUGCUGCAUCUUCUACUGCCUGGAAAACGUGAGGUCGGGCGCUGGGUGCUACUCUUGUGCCUUUUCUGUGCCAGCCUUCAAGAGCGUGGCAGCAGGCUGCGUCUGAGGUUGCUAAGCAAUCUCAACAAGCACCGUAUCAGAGCCUAUUUACCUGAAACCCUGAGUGCAGAGCUGAUCUUCCAGGCGCUGUCGUCCGUGGGACAAAUGUAAAGCUCUGACAGCUCUGCACUAACAUGAUCAACUUCUCCCCCAUAUUUAUCACAGACUGAUAUUUACAGAAGGGAAAGAUAUCUGUUGGCUGUGAUUGGUUGGUCCUCGUCACAUAGGGAUAGGGAACGUGUGUGUGCUGCAGCGGUGUAGCUCUGGCGUUUACGCUGCCGCACGUCUACAUUGAAAACAAUGAAUUUGAGGGCACAAAAAACGCAGCAUGUGUUCGGCCCCUUACUGCUUCCUUCAUACAAAAGACUACUGAUACUCUCCUCUAUGCAGCAAUAUGAUGAGCAAUAUUAGCCAGGUUUGGGGUUGCUUUGCUUCCAGUGCGCUGUAUUUCAGAAAUAAUAUUAGUGACAAACUUUUGCAGCAGAUUUUGCAUUUUGAGUUUUCUUUUGUAAAGAAUUUCCACUGUUAUGAAGAUUUCAGUAAAAGUUUUGGAAGUAAAAUGGCCCCAGCUGUGAGAACAGUAUCCUUGGCUCCAAGCUGCCACCUACUGUCAUUGUUUUACUGCAGUAAUAAUAAUAAUCCAGUGAGUUGUGUAGUAUUAGUUUCAUAGUAUUGUAUGGGAACAAAAUAAUGUGAAACCCUUCCAGUAUACACCACCAGUUAUCAGUUGUACCAAGUAUUGCUUUCCAAAAAACAGCCCUAUGUUUAUAUGGUGGCAUAUAGACAAGUGUGUGACAGGUAUUUCUAACACAAGCAAAAUGAAACGUAUCAAAUAAAAUUAAAAGUGCGGAACAAAUCAAAUAUAUUUUCCUCUGUAGUUAGAAAUUGGCAGUGAAGUCUCCUCAGAUCAUCCGCUGUGGGCUCCUGGUGAAUAUAAACACUGUAAAGUUGUUGUAUAGGAAUAACUGUGUAGGCAUGGUCUCCAACAACUGUAUGAAUUCAGGAAAAACGCUGGAGGCUGCUUCUCAUAAAACAGUUUUAUGUCACUCUGUUUUUGUUCUUUUUGUGCCAUGUUCCUUGAUUUUCAUGCAAUAAACUGCACUUUAAAUGUU